AUGGGGGCAGUGGACCUGGAUCAGUUGAUUCAGAUCAUGGUUCGCUUCUCUGUUCUCAUCUUGGACCUGCCAGAGAUCAAGGAACUUUGUCUUGUUCGUUGGCGAUUGGAGUGUGACAUCAACCCGUUGAUUGCCUCCUCUGAGAGUAUUCUCUCUUUGGAUGCUCGAGUCUUGUUGCACGAUCGGGAUGUGGAAACCAGAGAUCUGCCACAGCCCUCCAUCCGUCCAUAUCCCCAUCACUACGUCAAUGUGAUUGAUUUGGACGAUGCCUCGAAGGUGAAACUGCGGCCCAUCCUGCCAGAGGACGAAGGCGUUCGGCGGUUGGCCGUGUUGGUGUUUGCUGCGCGGAACGCGUUCAGCGGGGCGUUCAUCGAUCCAUGGUGUCAUGGUGUAGGCAUGAUGCGCUCCUUCUAUGCCCGGGCAAGUUGGCCAGAGGGAUGUAAACCCGCUACGAUGCCCAAUGAAGCGGAGAACGAGGUGUGCAGCCUGGACCGACAGCAUCUCAUUCGCACCUGCUUCGUGGACUUCGACCGCUCCAUCGUGCUGGUGGCGGAAGGUGUGACGGUCAACGACGGGGAGAAGUGUAUCAUGGGCGCGGGCCGAAUCAGCAGGGAGGAGAUGUCAGAUGAUGUGACCUUUUCUUUGCAAGUUUUGCCCUCCUGCCGCAAGAAAGGGCUUGGCUCGAAAAUCAUGAAGCGCCUCAUUGAGUUGGCGGGCUUGGAGGGCGCUGCUUGCAUUAAAGCUGAUGUCUUCUCUGAAAAUCGUCGGGCUUUGCGUUUCUUGGAGGUGAGGGCUUGA